AUUGGUCCGUACAUAUGUCCCUGUCUACCUUACCUCUCCGCGCAUGUGUUGGACCGUCCGACCAUCCGAAGAGUCACGACAGGGAUAAUAUACCUAACCACAAUUCGUAUCUCAAGUCCAAAAAGGCUAGGCUCGAUCGUGAGAAGCGGCGCAUCAUUCGGCCUUCUCUUCUUUUUUUUUUUCAUGACUGCCUAGGGUUUGAUGGUUCUAUAUUGCAAUUUGUGAUCAAGAGAUUCUAUUUCUAACCGAUCUAUACACCGAUUGUCGCAAUAUUUAAUUUGCUCCGAGGUCCACACAUUCCCACCCAACAAUGCCAGCGGCGCCUCAACGACGCUUCCACAAAAAGAGCCGACACGGCUGUGUCCAAUGUAAGAAGAACAGGACCAAGUGUGACGAACAGAGGCCCACUUGUGGAAGAUGCACUCGAACAGGGCAAUGCUGUUCAUUAAAUUCCCCCGACUGCGAUCUCCUAAUCAUCAUUGACGAGAACGAUCGGGCAGCGCAAGGGAAGGUCGCUACUACCGCUACUUCCGCCUCCUCAACAUCUCUUCUCCUGUCGACAACCUCUUCUUCUUCUCCCUCACAGACCGAACUUUCCGGUAUAAGCAUAACAAGUCCCAGCAGUAAUAGUCAUGCAUCAUCAUCGUCAUCAAUUUUCAACAUCAACGAACCACAGUUACCAUUUACCACCCUCGAACGUGAUCGACUCAGGUUGAUGCAUCACUAUGAUCGAUUCACGUGUGAAACCGUGGCGGACCUGGUUCUUCCCACCCCCGAAGGCGUGAACAUCAUGCGCCACUACGUCCCCGAGUUGGCCUUUGAGCACGAUUUCCUCCUACACGGGAUCCUCGCUCUGAGUUCUCUCCAUCUCACCCUGCUGUCGCUCGACAACGCCGAUGCACAGACCCGGGAACGACAUUUGAGCCUUGCGACGUACCACCACAGUUGUGCGAUUCGGAUGUUCAAUCGCUACUUGGCCGACAACCCCGCCGAUCACAACAUCGACGCACUCUUCUUGUUCUCCAGCCAGAUAGCCAUGUGUGCUUUUGGGUUCCAGCGCGUCACCACUCGAGGAUCACAAGAAAAGUCGUUGGAGCAGAUUGUCGAAAUGUUGAACCUGCUCCGCGGCACAGGCACGGUCGCCAAAAGUAGUUUUCACAAACUGGUCCAGGGUCGACUGAGUCCGCUAUUUUUCCAGGCCAGACGAGCACUUGCAGGGGGGUCCGAGGAGUUGUCAGUGGGUGUGGAAACGGUGCUGUCGAAUCUUUUGGAUCGCGCCCUCAAGAUCGAUUCGCCUCAGCGCGAGCUGUAUCUCGACGCACUUGCCGCGCUGCGGUUGAACCUUACCCUCGCUUCGGCCGUGAGCAUUCCUCACCAGGCCCCGAUCUCGACUUUCCCCGUCAUAUCACCUCCAGGAUUUUUCCAAAUCGUGGCCACGGGAGACGCACUCGCCCUGGCGUUGGUGGCGAAUUACGGCAUCAUUGUGCAUUGGCUGAGGGGGAACAUAUGGCUCGCCGAAUGGGGUAAACAGACGGCUCAGACCAUCAAAGCCGCAUUGCCGCCUGACUGGGACGAUUGUCUUUUGAAUUUACGAGAAGUCGAUUGGAAGUACAGUGGCUGUGGUCAAUUGUUGGCAGCAAGGUGAGGUGGGAGUGAUUGAAAUCAGGCGGAGCCAUGUAUAUGGGUAAUUGGCCUGUGCAACGUACAGAGAGAUCGAAACAUAAAAUUCUGGAAACAUGUCAGCCUUAAAGGUUGCUGUUGUAUGAUAGGUACUGGGGCAUGACGGGACAAGUAUCUCCCUGCUCAAAUGAAUGUUGUGAAACGGCUGUGAUUGUUCCGGGUAUCCUCGAAUGCAACUCAAUCGUGGCAGAGAUCAGCUGUGAACAACCUACCGCGUGUGUAUUA